CACGAGCCAUCGCCUUCCCUCAAACCACAGCCCCCUCCCCCCCGCCUCUUCCCCGGGAGCUUGCAUUUGUCGCUCAGACCUUCAGUCCCAGACCGGAAUUAUUAUUGUGGUGCCUGCUUUUGGCCACUGUGCAGCCUCGAUUCUUGGGCCGAGCUCGUUCGUCGAUCGCAAACUUGCCCGCUCCUUCUGCUCCCUUUCUUUUCAUUUCCUUUGGCUCUUUCUUUCCCCUCUGUCAGCUCACCCCCGAAACUCGAUCGCGCCAGUAAUUUUUUUCGCUCUGUGAUUUUCUUUCUGGCGUUGUGACAAUAGGUACCUGCGGUGUUCGUCGGGUCCAGGUGUCCUGAUAGGUCGAUGCUGUUCACCUCCGCAGGCAGCUAAUGGUUGAGAGCCUUCGCUGUCUGGGACAUCGAACGAGAAUAUGGGUUCAUGUUUGAGCUCGGAGUCGACAGGAGAUGCGGAACAGAAGAAACACAGCCAGGCGAUCGAUCGCAGGUUAGAGGAGGAUUCGCGGCGUUUACGGAAGGAAUGCAAGAUCCUACUACUGGGAUCCGGUGAAAGCGGAAAGUCAACGAUUGUCAAACAGAUGAAGAUCAUUCACCAGAAUGGCUACUCAACAGAAGAAUUGCUCUUAUAUCGCAUCACGGUCUAUAAGAAUCUCCUGGAUUGCGCCAAGUCCAUCACUGGAGCCUACCGGCAGUUUAGUCUGGAGCCGUCGAGCCAGAAAGUUCGCGACUAUAUUAAAUACCUCGACAACUACAAUAUCGACCCCGAUCCGACCAAAUUCCUCGAUCCGGAAGUAGGGGACGCGAUCACAUAUCUCUGGAAUGACCCGUGCACGUCGACAGUAUUGGAGCAUCAGAAUGAGUUCUACCUGAUGGACUCUGCGCCAUAUUUCUUCGAGGAAGCGAAACGGAUCUCGUCGCAAGGGUACACCCCGAAUGUCAACGAUGUGCUUCGCGCGAGAACAAAGACCACCGGUAUCUACGAAACACGGUUCACGAUGGGCCAAUUGAGCAUACACAUGUUUGACGUUGGCGGCCAACGAAGCGAGCGGAAGAAGUGGAUCCAUUGUUUCGAGAAUGUCACUUCGAUCAUUUUCUGUGUGGCAUUGAGUGAGUAUGAUCAGGUACUCCUCGAAGAAAGCAACCAAAACCGAAUGAUGGAGAGUCUGGUGCUGUUCGAUUCUGUCGUUAAUUCCCGGUGGUUUAUGCGGACCAGUAUCAUCCUCUUCUUGAACAAGGUCGAUCUGUUCCGCCAGAAACUCCCUCGGUCGCCGUUGAGCGAUUACUUCCCCGAUUAUCUGGGCGGCAACGACGUCAAUCGCGCUGCCAAAUAUCUUCUGUGGCGGUUCAACCAGGUCAACCGGGCCCAUUUGAACCUUUAUCCCCAUCUAACCCAAGCGACCGACACGACGAAUAUCCGCCUGGUAUUUGCUGCUGUCAAGGAGACAAUUUUGCAGAACGCCUUGAAAGACUCGGGCAUUCUCUAGGUUUCUCCCGGCCCAUCUCUAGCCACAUGGCUGUCAUGCCGAUCAGAGUCGCUACUUUAGCAUGGCAUUGGUUCGCAGGACUGACUCAACCUUACACUGACUCCUCACGGUGUUGACGUUCCUUUUUCCCUUUGUGCCCUCCUUUUACUCUAAUACCGUUUGCUUUUUCUCUUUAUUGAUACUCUCUCGUGUUUAAUGGAUCGGGAACUGGCGUUGUGGUGCUAUAAUACUGCCUCUUAGUCCAUUUGUUAGGCGCUGGGUUGGGAUA